UCGGUAACUAAUUUCAAGAAAUCCUGCUAUAAAGCCUAACUUAAUUGAUAAAAUUCUACGACUAUCUAACGAAUCUGAUAGUCGUCUACAUAAGCUGGAUAUUUUGAAUAUUACUAAUUUAAGUAUCCUUGUCCCUAUUGCAGUUUUUGAGAGAGGCGUCUUUCCAUCAGUCGUCGUUUCUCCUCUACAACCCCUUCUUCAGCCAACUAGCUUUAUUGAAGGUAAUAUAUAGAGAGGGAAAGAAAAAAAAACACUAACUGAGUGAGAUACUCGGUACGACGAAGAGAAAUCCUCUCUACAAUCAUUUGGAAAAAAUGAACGGAAAGGAGAGAAGGAAAAUGAUAAAUAAAAGAGAAAGAAUCACGAAACUAUUACAAAUAAAUGCAGAUGAGCUAAUAUUAGAAAAAAGCUACAUACCUUGAUUAUUAUCCAUAUUUUCUCGCCUCUAAUAUUAUCAACUGAAGAUUUUGUUACUAUAAUUCAGCAAUAGAGUAGAGAAAGAAGAAGAAGAAAGAAAAGAUGAAGAGGAUGAUGAAGAAAUAAUAACAGUAAUAAAAUAACAGUCUAAAAGACCAAUUACGUUAUUUUCAUUUUUUUUUUACAUUUUUUUUUUGAAAAACGUCACAAAAAUAUUAUAUCUGAUAAGAUAAUAGUCACAUUACAGAGUCAUUGGUUAGAACAUCUUAAGAUUAUAAUGGACUGAUUUGAAAGAGUAGAGAAAUUAAGCUUAUAUACCGUAUACGCCGUUGUAUAUAUGUAUAUAUAUAUUGUAAAUUGUUAAGAUAUUAAGGAUUAAAUUAAUGAUAAUCCGCUAGAUUAUUAUUUCUUACUCAAUUAAAUGGCUGUUAAGAGUUUUUACUUGGACUAAUAAUAAAAAUAUUAUACACAGUAUAUUGCAUAUCGCCGUGUAUUGUAUUUAUUGUUUAAUACUCUGUGUAUUGCUUAUCUAUUACGAUUAUUCUUCUUUUUCUUUUGUUCUUUUAGAUAAUCCUAUUCUCUUUUAACCUCUUAACUUUGAGUGAUUUUGAUAGAUUGAAGUAGGAAGAGAAGAAUAAGAAGGAAUUGAUCGAUUUGAAGCACAUAAAUUUUUCUCUUUUUUUAUUUUAAGUAAGAAGGACUUGACCGUAAAGAUAAGUAGCUUAGAAAAUUAUCUUUCUUUGUUAUGUUUUUUCUAGAGCAAACAUAUUUUCUUAUCUAAAAGAAUGAAUUAUUUACACAUUCUGAUCAUAAGACCGGUCAUUCUCUCCUAUCCGCUUUAUCCUAUUACUCUUUCGUGUAUAAUAGAUAGUAUUCUAUAUAGAUUGUAGUGUAUCACACUCGUUGCUGGAUGUUUAAUAUAGCCCAUCACCUACAUGCAUUUACAUGGUUCCACUAUUUAUUCAUUACUGAAAUUGUUCCUUUCCAAUCUAUCCACUUUCUCCCUCUCUCCCUCUCUCUCUCUCUGUCUGCUUGGUCUUUUACGCAUAGCUAUCUCUCGAUUUAAUCUCAAAAUAAUUACUCUAUCUAACUCGUUAGACCAAGCCAAAUUCUCUCACUGGGCCUUUUUAUCUUUUAAGCUUUUAUCCUUGAAAAUAUUUGCGGCACGGAUAAGACAAGAAAGAAAAGAAAUUCUUAAUCCUUUGACCAUAUACAUUUGAAAUAUAAAUUAAUAUAUAUGUAUACACUAUAAUAUAUUCCCCUUCCAUAGAAAUCCUUGGGUCUAUCUGCCCCCUCUUUUUACUUCACUCAGCUUCCCCCCUCUCUCUCUCUCUCUCUCUUAAUCUAUCUAUCUAUCUAUCUCAUCAAAAAUAUUUCUUUCAAGACGAUAUAAAAAAUAUAUUGUAACCUUCUCUGCCAAUAGAUGGAGCUAGAUACUGGUUAGUUUUGACCUAUCCAAGAUUUUAGCCUAUGCUGUGUAUCAUAUGGCUUAGAAGCAAUAACGCAAGUGUUUUACCAGAGUUAUUUUCGUAUUAUUUCAGUUGAAAAAUAUAAUCGAAUUAAAAGCAGCCGAAAAGGAGAAAGAAAAGGAAGAAAGCGUUAAUAAUUGAAUUGUGGGAAGAUAAGAAUAAUAUUGGAUAAAGCAAAAUGGCAUACGAACAACCGGAAUUAAACGAAGAAUUAUCCGAAUUCUUUACGAAGCUUUGGACCAUCGACGAUAAUAAAUGCUUGGCGGGAGUCGACUACGAAUUAGAUUUACAGGGUUUCGUUAAAUCGGCUAGGAGCAUCUCUAAAAAGGACUGGGCAAGACGAGAUCUCUUCGCCUACGUUAACGAGCAGGUGUUCGAUAGACCUACCUACCGUACAUUUCGAGAUUUGUUGGACAACUACGAAACGGAAACCGGCACAAAAGAGACGCUCACCGAAGAUGAACUAGAAGAAAACGUGCGCUUCAUCGAUGCGAUUAUGGAAACUGAUGUGAUGAAAGAGAGCCACAAGUUUCUGGUUGAAAAGGCUUUAGCUCCCGAAGAAGAGUACCAUUUUAAAAGGUUACUCUAUUCGAUAUGGUUUAGAUUCUAUAAGAGAAUGAGAGAAGAUAGAAAUUUGGAUUCUUCCGGUUUCGAGCAUGUUUUUGUAGGAGAAACUCGAGAGAAAUCAGUUAUUGGAUUCCACAAUUGGAUUCAAUUCUAUUUGCAAGAGAAGAGAGGUAAUAUUGAUUAUAAAGGUUAUUUUAGAAGAGGAACGGGCAAAGAAGACAAUCCUAGACUGAUAACCAUACAAUUUACCUGGACGAAAGGCGGAGGUAAGCCUAUUGGUAGUUCGUUUAUUGGUACCAGUCCCGAGUUUGAAAUUGCUAUUUAUACAAUUUGUCGACUUAUGAGAUUGGAAAAGACCAAAGUGGAUAUCGACGGAUAUAUGAUUGUGCUGAACGUUCACGGACACGGAAAAGGUAUUGGAAGUGCCUUUCCAAUAGCUUGUGACGACAACUAG